AGUAUACUGUCUCUACUUUGAAGCGCCAUCCAAGGGAAACCAAUUUAAAUUUUCGCGGUUUCUGGUAACCCGUCGACUCUAUACAACUUGGAGAGACUGUGACAUCAUCACCAUGAUCCCUGGCUACUUAUGGCAAAGAUGGCGGACGGUGACAACACCGGAAGAGCCCAUAGGCGACGCCUACGCUCAGAUAAUCGUAAUGCCCAAACCUACCAAGCGAUAUUGGAAAGGUUAGACUCCAGUGACAUAAGCAGUGCUGAUGAUGACGAUGAUGACUGGGUACCUGAGGCAGUAUCUUCCAGAGGAAACAUUUUAUCCUCGAGUGAUGAUUCGUCUUCUGAAGAUGAAGAUGAAAAUGCAACUGUGCAGGUUCCUAAUGUAACCUCGUCUAAUUCCCAGGGAAGGCGUUCCUUUUAUUUGAGGGACGUAGAUUUUCGAGACACUUUCAUCAGUGAUGAACCAGAGAAGAAUGGUGAUGGCAGAUCUUUUAGACCAAUCGACUACUUCAGGAGUUAUAUGAACAUGGACUUCAUAGAACACAUUGCUUUAUGUACCAAUAUGAAAGCUACUGAAACCACAGGGUCAUCCUUGGGAACCAGUGGAGAGGAAAUUGCAGUGUUCAUAGGUAUGAAUUUUGCCAUGUCAGUAUUAAAGAUGCCAAGGAUAGAAUGUAUUGGCAAGGGUAUGACACGCCUACCAUUUAUUGCUGAUGCUAUGCCAGAGAUAGAUUCUUUAAAUUAA